UUAAGUAGAAGCUCUGACAUCUAACGGUCUUCUCUGAUGCAGCUGUCUCAGUGUUCACAGCCGAACCCGUCAUAAGCAUUUCUUUAUGUUCUUUAUUUCCACACCAUGAAGUUACUACGUUUAGGAAUUUGUCUCAUGGCCCUGGUGGCUUCCUCAACAGCACAGAUGACUGCUUUACAAGUUUUAGCAGCAACUUGAUUAUUUUGUUUGCAUUCUGGAGUUUGGAUUAUGCGUCUCAAAGCUUUACAAAAGCUCAGGAACCACCACGGUGAUGCCAGAGAACAUCACCACCACUGUGAUGCCAUCUACUACCACUGAAAUACCAUCUACCACCACCAUGAUGCCAUCUACCACCCCCACUCAAAUGCCAUCUACCACCACCACUGAAAUACCAUCUACCACCACCAUGAUGCCUUCUACCACCACCACUCAAAUGCUAUCUACCACCACCACUGAAAUACCAUCUACCACCACCAUGAUGCCGUCUACCACAACCACUCAAAUGCCAUCUACUACCACCAGUGUGAUGCCAUCUACCACCACCACUCAAAUGCCAUCUACCACCACCACUCAAAUGCCAUCUACUACCACCAGUGUGAUGCCAUCUACCACCACCACUCAAAUGCCAUCUACCACCACCACUCAAAUGCCAUCUACCACCACCAGUGUGAUGCCAUCUACCACCGUGACCCAAAUUAGCACCAGCACAUCAAUAUCAUCUACCACCUCCACAAUGCAAUCUAGGCCUUCCACUAUUACACCAUCUACUACCACCAACGUCCCACCUCAGAGCAGCACCAACAGUACCAGCCUUCUCAACAGCAGUCCAGGUGUGAAAGCUUUGCUAAUAACCUCUGUUCUACCUGCUCUGAUUUAUCUGCUGUGAAAAUGAACUGAAAAAAAAAAGUUCAAAACGUGAGAUUAACAUUUAAUCUGAAUCUAAGCUAAAUCUGUUAGGUCAAAAAAAUCAUUAAUUAUUAGAAAUGAUAUACAUUUAUAUUUUUGUCUCUCACUGUAUAGACUUGUUUGCUCUCUGAAACAAAAAAAAUGUAAGAAACAUUAUUCUUAUUUAGAGAAAUAAUUCAGAUAUUUCAAUGCUUAAUGUGAUACUUGUGUAUGUGUAUAGGAAAAUGGCAUUCUAUUAAUAAACUUGUACUCAACUUCA